UCCGAUUGACCAAGUCAACCGGAUUCGUGUGUAAGGUCAUUUGCCGCUUUACAUCACCGCAAACGGUUUCGCGGGAAACAAACGCUGAUCAGCGGCGGUGUUUUUCUGUACCGUCGAUGUUAUGGAUGUACGGGAAGCUCUGCUCAGAACGAUGGCGAGUGAUGCGGAGUUUUCUCAACGAUAUGAAAAGGUACGCUUCGAACUCUAGAAUAGCUGCUAAUGCCGUCGAGAUGGCUGCAAAACACGGCGAAUUGAGGGUUUUCAUUGUCGCCGGAGAAGUCUCAGGAGACACCAUCGGUUCUCGUCUCAUGACAUCUUUGAGGACGCUGUCUCCUGUUCCUGUUCGUUUCUCCGGCGUCGGAGGCCCCAUGAUGUCCAAGAAAGGAUUGAAGUCUCUAUUCCCCAUGGAGGAUAUUGCAGUAAUGGGAAUAUGGGAGCUAUUUCCCCAUCUAAAGAAGAUUAGAGAAAAUCUUAAAAUGACAGUUGAGGCUGCUAUUAUGUUUCAACCACACGUCGUUGUAACAGUGGACUCUAAAGGGUUCUCUUUUCGUCUCCUAAAGCAGAUACGUGCUAGAUACAGACAUGAGAAAUUGGAUGGUCCGGUACAUUUCCAUUACGUAGCACCAUCAUUCUGGGCUUGGAAAGGGGGGGAAAAAAGGCUCAAAGGACUCAUUGAAUUGGUUGACCACAUUUUAUGCAUACUUCCAAAUGAAGAUGAAGUUUGCAAAUCAAAUGGAUUGGCAGCGACCUUUGUGGGGCACCCCAUUCUGGAGGAUACGUUACAAUUGAAUGUGGGAAAGGAUGCCUCAUUGCAGGAGCUGAAAAUACAGGGAAAUUGCAAAGAUUUUCUAAUUAGAAAUGGCAUUCCUGCUGAUGCGACAAUCAUCUCCUUGCUUCCCGGAAGUAGAUUACAGGAAGUCAGCAGAAUGGUUCCAAUCUAUGCAAGUACGAUGGAGUUAUUGAAAGAAUCCUUCCCAGAACUGAUAACAGUCAUCCAUGUUGCUCCAAAUCAGCAUGUUCAAGACUAUAUUAGUGGAGUCCUUCAUAAGUGGCCUGUGCCUGCCAGAUUGGUUGCAGGAGGAUCACCACAAGCAAAAUAUGAUGCAUUCAGUGCCAGUAAGGUUGCAUUAUGUACUUCUGGAACAGUCGCCAUGGAGUUGCAGCUUGCUCGGUUACCUUGUAUAGUUGCUUACAGAGCUCAUUUAUUAACAGAAUGGUUGAUUCGAUGCAAGGCGAAUGUAUCAUUCAUCUCCCUUCCCAAUAUUCUCUUGAAUUCACCUGUUAUUCCAGAGGCACUGUUUCAAGAAUGCACUCCAGGAAGACUACAAUCAAUGCUCAAGGAAUUAAUGCAUGACGAUGGCCUGCGCGAUAAACAGAUCGUUGCCGCAGAACAGGUUCUUAGACUCCUGUCUCCUUCAGAAGGAAAUAUGAAGAGUUUGGCACAGGAGGGUACGGAAUGCACAUCUCCCAUCCGCACACCCAGCAUGAUAGCAGCAUCUACCAUAUUGUACUCUGAGAGGACCCAAGAUGUCAGUUGGAAUCAGGCAUUCUUUUAGCUGUGAAGACUGGUAUCAAUUUUGUAGUGUUCUUUUCAUUGUGAACGAUAUUGUUGGAAUUGUGUUUCUUUUGAGGAAAUACUUCAAAUACAAAUAAAUCAUUAGUGGGAUGGGUUUUAGUCAUAUCAUUUGAAAAUUGUUAUGGGUUUGAAUUCAAAUUUGAAAGGUAAAAGGUGAGAAAUAUGAAAACCUGUAGAGUGGGGAUUUGAACUCACAUUUGGUUGGAGAUA